AUGGUAAAAUGGGCGCAAAAUUUGGCGCGUUCUCAAGGUUACCUUCUUGUAACCAAAAGAUCUAAAAAAGUUAAUGGUUACCUUUGUAAAGUUGUAUUUAUGUGUGAUCGGGGCGGCGUGUAUAAAAAAAGUGGUGAUAAAGAUACCAAAAGCAAAAAAAUUGAUUGCAAAUUUGAAUUGGUGGGAAGGUAUUAUAAGGUCAAUGAUCUUUGGGUGUUGACGGUGAAAUGUGAUGAACAUAAUCAUGAACCUUUAUUGUUUCUGGAGGGUCAUCCAUAUGCAAAGAGGUUGACAGAUCAUGAAACUUGUUUAGUUGCGACCAUGACAAGUCAAAAUCUGAAAGCAUGCGAUAUUCUUGCAACACUAAAGGUGUUGGAUGAGAAUUACGUGUCUACAAAUAGAACCCUCUAUAAUGCCCAAGAAAAACUACGGUUAAUUGGGCAUGAAGGUCAGACCCCAAUUCAAGUUGUUUUCUCAUUCUUGCAAGAUAAGGGGUAUCACUAUCAGUAUCGUAUAAAUGAUUCAACCUUCAAGUUAGAAGAAUUGUUUUUUGUACAUCCCAUCUCACUGAAGAUAUGGCUUGCUUUUCUAGAUGUUUUAUUGAUCGAUGCUACAUACAACACGAACAAGUUUGAUAUGCCUCUUCUUGAGAUUGUUGGUGUUACUUCUACCAGCAAGACAUUCUCCAUAGCAAUUGUCUUGUUGGAUAGAGAGAGGACAUCAAAUUUUAUCUGGGCAUUAAAUUGUCUUAAAAUGUGCAUUGGCUUAUCUUAUACUCCUCGUGUUAUCAUCACUGAUAAAAUAUUGGUGGCGUGUUUCAGAAAAUGCUUUAGACAAAAUCUUCAAUGA